AUAUUGGGAAAUGUAGUUUAUUGAAUGCCCUGUAGCGCCGUCCGGUUUCACUGCAUUCUGGGUAAUGUAGUCCUGGACCGAUCUUCAGUUGGGCGUGGGUGAAGGAAUUCCGCUUCAAGGGCGGGAUAUCAGAUCCAUCAGAAUUGGUUAGAUGGACUGUUUAUCAAAUUACAUCAGUACAGUCGUUCUAGUGAUUGGUGAGAGUGGAGGCGGGUUAAGCAGUAUCAGCAGCCCAUUCGGAGCUGGUGAUGUCCAUUUGGUGUCGUGGGGGGAGUGGUGCGGCUUUUCGAGGAAACGGUCGCUGAUUGGCUGGGAGGGCUUGACAUGCCAGAGGGUCGGCCCCCAUCGUGCUGCGAUUGGCUCACCCUUAGGCGGGUGGGUGCGUCAGAGGCGGUAUCUGGGUAGGUGGCGGCUCCAGAGAUGGCAGUGAGCGAGAGGAGGGGGCUCGCCCGUCGGAGCCCCGCGGAGUGGGGGCUGCGGCUACUGCUGCUCCUGCUCUUGGGCGGCUGCUCGGGGCGCAUCCACCGGCUGGCGCUGACGGGGGAGAAGCGAGCAGACAUCCCCCUGAACAGCUUCGGCUUCUACGCCAAUGGCUCCCUGGAGGUGGACCUGAGCUUCCUGCGACUGGGCCUCCAGGACACAGAAGAGAAGGCCCCGCUGGUGGGGUUCAGUCUGACUCGGGCUCAAUCUGGCAGCAUUCGAUCCUACUCAACCCAGGACCCCCAUGACUGUCCUCUACGGAAAAAUAGUAGCAAUCUCCUGGUUCUCUUCCUCAUCAACACCAAGGAUCUGCGGGUCCAGGUGCGGAAGUAUGGGGAACAGAAGAAGCUGUUCAUCUCUCCUGGGCUCCUCCCUGAAGUGCCCUCCAAACCAGGGCCCCCGAAGCCAGAGCUCACAGUCACCCCUAAAGUGAACAGUGGGACCACCAUUGCGCUUGACAAGGCCAAGUCAAAACCCACAGUGUUUCAGGGGGACCAGCAGGGCCUCAGUGGGAAGGACAAGGAACUGGUCCUGGGUCUCGGGCAUCUCAACAAUUCCUACAACUUCAGUUUCCACGUGGUGAUCGGCUCUCGGGCCGAGGAAGGCCAGUACAACCUCAACUUCCACAACUGCUACAACUCAAAGCCGGGCCAGGAGCAGCCGUUCGACAUCACGGUCAUGAUCCGGGAGAAGAACCCCGAGGGCUUCCUGUCAGCGGCGGAAAUCCCCCUCUUCAAGCUGUACAUGGUCAUGUCUGCCUGCUUCCUGGCCGCUGGCAUCUUCUGGGUGUCUGUCCUCUGCAAGAACAUGUACAACGUCUUCAAGAUCCACUGGCUCAUGGCAGUCUUGGCUUUCACCAAGAGCAUCUCCCUCCUUUUCCACAGUAUCAACUACUACUUCAUCAACAGCCAGGGCCACCCCAUCGAAGGCCUCGCUGUCAUGCAUUACAUCACACACCUGCUGAAGGGCGCUCUCCUCUUCAUCACCAUCGCCUUGAUCGGCUCUGGCUGGGCCUUCGUCAAGUACAUCCUGUCAGACAAGGAGAAGAAGAUCUUCGGGAUCGUGAUUCCACUGCAGGUCCUGGCCAAUGUGGCCUACAUUGUCAUCGAGUCCCGUGAGGAAGGAGCCAGUGACUACGUGCUCUGGAAGGAGAUCCUCUUCCUGGUGGAUCUCAUCUGCUGCGGCGCCAUCCUCUUCCCUGUGGUCUGGUCCAUCCGGCAUCUCCAGGACGCAUCUGGCACGGAUGGAAAGGUGGCAGUGAACCUGGCCAAGCUGAAGCUGUUUCGGCAUUACUACAUCAUGGUCAUCUGUUACGUCUACUUCACACGGAUCAUCGCCAUCCUGCUGCGGGCGGCCAUGCCCUUCCAGUGGCAAUGGUUGUACCAGCUCUUGGUGGAGGGCUCCACCCUGGCCUUCUUUGUGCUCACUGGCUACAAGUUCCAGCCGGCAGGCAACAACCCUUACCUGCAGCUGCCCCAGGAGGACAAGGAGGACACGCAGAUGGAGGAAAUAGUGACCGAUUCUGGGUUCCAGGAAGGCCUGUCCAAACUCAACAAAACAGCCAGCGGGCGGGAGCUUUUGUGAUCAUCCCCUGUGUCUGGAACCGUCCUCCUUCCCCCACCUCCCGCCUCCGCCCUCCACACACACUCCUCACUCUCCAGCUCCUCUCCCAAAGCACGUGUGGCAGGGGGAGGAGGGCGCUGGGGUGCAUGCAGCACCCAGCUCUCUGGGACCUGAGGUCCAGGAGCCCAUUCAGAAGAGGGCCCCCUUCUCCCCAAGCAUUGGGCAGCCCUGUCCCUGCCCCAGAGCCACCCACCUCUUGCAGCUGUGCAAUAUGAUCUGUUUUGCUACCCUGG